AUUUUCUCUCUCUUUCUUUGACAUCACAGAAUUUUGAGCCAGCUUCUUUGUUCCAUAGGUUGGAAGCUGCCAUUGUUGUUCCAUAGGUUGUGUUGUUUUGUUGUUAUCUAUGGGUAAGAAGCUUGAUGCUCUCCUUGGUAGAACCUUCAAGGCUACAAAGUUCAAGGCUAUUGCUAACCUUGCAAUCUCACGUCUCGCUGUUCUCAAGAACCAGCGCCAGGCUCGCCUUAGACAUGCACGUUCUGAUGUACUUGAACUCCUCCAACUGGGUCACCUUGAACGUGCUUCACUUAGAGUUGAGCAUGUGAUCAAGGAUCAGAACAUGCUGGAUGUGUAUGACAGGAUUGAAGGAUACUGCAACCUCUUGAUCGAAAGGAUCCACCUCAUUGAACAAGAAAGGGAAUGUCCCGAGGAACUGAAAGAGGCAGCGUCGGGGUUGCUCUAUGCAGCAUCAAGGUGUGGAGAUUUUCCGGAGAUACAAGAGAUUCGUGCCGUUUUGACCUCGCGCUUUGGCAAGGAGUUUGCUGCUCGUUCUAUUGAGUUGAGGAACAACUGUGGCGUCCAUCCUCAGAUGAUACAAAAGCUGUCAACAAGGAUGCCAAGCCUGGAAAGCAGAAUGAAGGUACUCAAAGACAUUGCUUCUGAGAAUGGUAUUGUUCUGCAGCUUGAAGAAACUUCUGUUUCAGUUGAGGCACAAUCCGCUGUAGAAUUACAAAACCAGCUUGGACCUGAGAAGGAGGAAGAGAAUGAGAGCAUUUUGCCUAGUAGAGGGAAAAAUGAGGAGUUAACUGAUUCCUUUAAGGGCAGGAAAAAGUACAAGGACGUAGCUGAUGCAGCACAGGCAGCAUUCGAGUCAGCAGCAUAUGCUGCUGCUGCUGCAAGAGCAGCAGUGGAACUCUCCCGAUCUCAGUCACAUGAUCCUGAUGAUCAUGAUAGUCCAGGCCCUCAAACAAGAAAAGUGGAGGAUGGACAGGAUAAUGCGAAACAUCAGAUGGAAAAGGAAAUCUUCAGUGAAACUCAAGGAGAAGAUUUUAACAAGGAUAUAGAUGAGUUAAAAGGGUCAAAAGACUUUAUAAGUAGAAAUUCAACAGAUAAGGUUUUGAUGGGGACUAAUGCCUCGGUGGAUGCUGAAAUUGAGGGUGAUCCUUUCAAAGAGGAAGUAGUUUUUGAUGAUAGUGAUGAUGAAACUGAUAACAAUCAGAAUAAAAAUGAAUCUUCCGAGAAGACAUCUUCAGGUUAUGGUGCUGGUAUAGAUGUCAAUUCAGGUUCCAGGAAACUAGUAUUAAAUACAGUGUCAGAAUCCAAGAUGCAGGGUGUGCCUCAGUUGGAUUUGCACAAGAGGCCAAUUUCAGUGAGGUCUAGAUGAAUGCAAAAUUAUAGUGUAUAAUUUGCAUGUAGGACCUCAGGUUGUAGAUUUUCAAGUACCUAAGUGUGCUAUGGCUUGGUUCUUUAAAUUUUGUCUCAUGGAUUUGUCAUCAGAAUGUUAAUGUGUUUUUCAUUGUUUAAAUUGUUAAUUUAAUUAGUUCGACGAAAAAUUAA